AUGAGGUUCACCCUCUCCCUCAUCCACCUCCUCACCCUCACCACCGCCCUCCCCAGCACCUCCCCCGAUGAAGACUCCCCCAUCGAACUCGCCAGCGGCGCCCUCGGCCGUCCCCCCCUCAACCUGACCACCGCCGACCACAACCUCACUCCCCGCGCCGAAGCAGCAGUCAGCAAACCCCCCAAAAAACACGAGUACAAAAACCCCUACGAGUACAACCACGGCGCCAUCACCCCCGUCUACCCCUGGAAAGACGGCGACGGCCCCUGGCGCUGGGGCCGCGCGGGCAAGAGGUACUCCAAGCGCGGCUGCGGCGACACCUGCGUGGCAAAGUGCAGGACGAACAAGAUUACCACGUUUUGGAGGCUGUUUCUCCAUCCGUGGCCGCUACUGCCGAUAGUUUUGUCGCAGAGUCACAACAGAGCGCGUCUCAAGUCUGAUUGUACCUAUGUUUGCAAGGCCUUCUGCGACUACUCAGCCGACAUGUCCGAAGGAGAACUGGCCUCCCACUUCGGCACCACCCUCUCCGUCCAGACAUCCAAGCACCACUCUGACUUCCACGACGACAACGACAGCAGUUGGACUACCCCCCCCUCCACCCUCCACCCCAACGCCCUGCCCCACACCAACCGCACCGUCCGCUUCAGGGGCGGGAAGCUUGUUUGA